AUGUUCAACAUCUCCAGCUUCGUCCAGAAGGCUCAAUCGGCCGCUCAGCAGCUGAUUGAUCCCAUGCAGGGCUUGAACCUGACCAACUCCGACAGAAACCCCUCCAAGGCCUCCCUUUUCCAGGGCCAGUUCCGUCUCCCGAGCUCUCAGACGCCUCUGUUCGAGAUCCCCGCCGAGCUUACCAUCCCUCCUUCGAACGUCACCCAUGGCGGCAAAGACCACGACCGAGGCUGGCAUUACGCCGGGAGACUGCAUCUCUCCGAAUCUUACCUUUGCUUCUCCACCACUCCCUCGAGCUUUGCUCAGACAGCGAGCACUUCUACAUCAUCCGCCUUCACUGGCCAGACCCAUGGUGCUGGGCCGAGCGGCAAUGGCUUCACGUUUCCUCUCUGUGCUAUACGACGUGUUGAGCGCUUGAAUAGCCAGAAUUUCCAGUUCUCCCUCGCUAUCACCACUUGGAAUGGGAUCGGCCAGGAGCAGGCCAAGGCCACCCCCAAAGACCGGAAGGACUUCCGAGAACAAAGAAUCACCAUACAACUUGCUGGAAGCCGCCAGGCUUGCGAGAGAUUUUGCGACGGCCUGAAGAAGGGUCUGCGGGGCGCGGUCGGAAAUGUCGGCAAGUUUAAAAAGGUUGUAGCAGAAUGCUACUCAGAGUACCUACUACGACCCGAAGAAAAGAAGAACGCAGCGUCUCCUGAUGCUGGUCUCGGCGUAGUUUUCAAAUACCCGGGCGACCCAAAGAAGCUAAGGGACCGUGCAAAGAUGAGGCUGUGGGCAGAGUAUCUACGUGAUAAUGGACGCAAUGCUACGUUGAUACGCCAGCCUACCUUCCACAAACUGAUAAGAGUUGGUCUCCCAAACCGCUUGAGGGGGGAGAUGUGGGAGUUAACCGCUGGCUCAUUGUAUCUUCGGCUUGAAAACCCUACGCUUUAUACCGACACUCUCGACAAGUUUUCUGGUCAAGAAUCUCUAGCUAUCGACGAGAUAGAAAAGGAUUUGAACCGUAGCCUUCCUGAGUAUCCUGGAUUCCAGAGUGAAGAAGGUAUCACCCGGCUCCGCCGGGUUCUAACUGCCUAUAGUUGGAUUAACACUGAUGUUGGCUAUUGUCAGGCCAUGAACAUUGUGGUAGCCGCUCUCCUUAUUUACAUGUCGGAGGCGCAGGCUUUUUUCCUCCUUUCGGCACUGUGCGAUAGACUAGUACCUGGUUAUUAUUCGUCUACCAUGUACGGCACACUUCUAGACCAAAAAGUGUUCGAGUCGCUUGUUGAAAAGACAAUGCCCAUUUUAUGGGAACAUCUAGUCAAAAGCGACGUUCAACUCUCGGUCGUAUCUCUUCCUUGGUUUCUGUCUCUUUAUAUAAAUUCCAUGCCAUUAGUAUUUGCCUUUAGAGUUUUGGACGUAUUUUUUGUGGAAGGACCAAAAGUCCUUUUCCAAGUUGGUUUAGCUAUCUUACGAAUCAACGGUGAAGAGCUGCUCGAUGCAGCAGAUGACGGCGCCUUCAUUUCAGUGUUGAAGUCUUACUUCUCACGACUAGACGAGUCUGCUCAUCCCAAAUCCGAGAACCCCAAGCUCCGCGCCAUCAAUCGGUUUCAGGAACUCAUGGUCGUCGCUUUCAAAGAGUUCUCCGCUAUUACUCACAGUACCAUACAAGACCUGCGGCUGAAGAACAAAGAUGCAGUACUCAAUAACAUUGAGAACUUCGCUAAACGAACAGCCAUCCGAAAUCUUGGCCCUGACAGUAAGCUUUUGAGUCAAGAAGAGCUCGGGGCUCUUUACGAUCGAUUUUAUGGAGUGCUAUACGAACGGCAGCAGCGUGAUCAUAUAAUCCAAGAAGAACAACGCCGUCGCGCAAAGGCGAACAAAUCAAGAGCCAGUGAAGCAUUCCAAGAACACCAUGAUCAUGGCGUCGAGAAGGGCCGGGUUGGUCUCGGCCCUAGCACUAGUUUGAUGGAUUACGAUGCAUUCCGAGAGUUUUUAGCUAGCAUUUCGAAAUGGGCCAUUUCAGAUGCACCUCCACCUUCUCCUCGCCGUGAUGUGGCCUCUGAUCGCAAUCCGUAUUUUGGAAGCUUUAGGCGCUCGGACCCCAAUCCAUUCUCGCCCUGGGGCAAUGGCCCCGAACCUGCUGAUCAUGAAUUCAUGCAACGGCUAUUUCGGAAAUGGGACGUGACCAGUAGUUCGAGCCUUACGUUACAGAACGUUGUUACUGGCUUAGCCCAAAUUAAGGGAAGGAGGGACAUCAUGGGUUCUAUCACAUACUUCUUUGAACUCUACGAUGAUGACGGUGAUGGCAAGGUGGAUCGGGAGGGCAUUUUGCGGGUAUCAGAAGCACUCUUAUUCCUUUCGAGGCGUGGGCUAGAAGGGACCCUUAGCAAUUCUACCUCGACUACGGCGCUUAACGGCAUAAGCGAAGCAGACAACACAUCCAUUAGUCCUCCAAUUGGUGGAACUGUAAACGAACGUUUUCUCGGCAGCGUCAGCGCGUUCAUUAGACGUUGCUUCGAGUAUGCCGAUCCAGACCAUCUUAAUAAUUCGGACGAGACAUUGCGAGAAGCAGAUCUUGGUACACCGGUCGAACCUCAAGACGAUGCACUUGUUGAUCCUGAUACAUUUGCUAUUGGCGAUGAUGAGGAUGAAGAUGAGGAGGACAUGUUAGCUUUUGAGGACCCCUCUCCUCCACCAAGCACCGGGGGCAAGAAGAAGGCCGAUUUAGACCCGGCUCCUGCAGCAAUGGGUAAUCCAGUUGAGAAUGUGGCGAGAAGAGCUGUGUCAAAGGCCCAAUCUGAAAAGGCAAAUGUGGCACUAGACCCAUCCAACCCUCUACAUAUUACGCUGCCGACAUUUCGAAUGGUUGUACUAGCAGACGAACUACUUGAGCAAUUCUUCGAGUCAUCUUUCCCCACUUCAUUACACAUCAUUGAUGGCUUGCCUAAUACAACCAGUCAUUCCUCUUCCCUUACAACUUUCUCUAGCUUGAAUUUCAACCGGCCAGCUACUCUCUCCCCAUCAGGAACUCAGCCUGGCUUGGCCGGUGCUGGCCGCGGAUUACGAGGAGUACUUGACAAUAUAGUUACAGAUGCCUCACGUGUUGCGGCUGAAGUUCGACGACGGAUGGAAGAAGCUCAGCGCGAGCUGGAAAGGAACGCCUUGCCAGGGCAGAGAGAUGAGGAUGAGGACGAUGAUGAAGAUCUUCAGGGCCCUGUUAAAUCUGCAGGAGCUUAUGGUGGGGAUGCUGAGCGGAGAAGCGUGAGAUCGUCUGAUAGAGACCUAUUGGAUGGCGCUGACGCAGGUGCUGGGGCUACCAAAGAGGCCGAAGGUUUGAGUCAGUCGCUCCUUGACAUCAAUAGUGAGCGAGAAGGAGGGAUGAACACAACCAAUAAUGCGACGCAAAGGAUUGUGGAGGGAAGAUUUGUCGACAUGGGGUUGUCCUCGCGGGUUGGAGCCACGGCUCUCGCCUCACUUGCUGCUUUCAGCUUCGUGGUUAAUGGCCAGGGUUACUUGUACAACAAGGACAUCGAAUCAUGCAAAAUCAAGUACCAGAACUUAGGGUGUGUUGGUGUAAAAUCCGAGCCGCUCCCCUUCGCACCAACAAAUUGGGACCCAGCGCUUAACGCGGACAACUCGGCGAGUUGGAUCGCCUAUGACACCGGCUACAACGACCCGGUCAACAUUACGAUUAACCAGUAUUACUGCGCUCGACAGUGUACAGCACAUGGUUUCAAAUAUUCUGCGACCUGGAAUGAAGAUUCUUGCAGCUGUGGAAGUUCCCUGUACACAAAGACAAAGGAACCAAACAGCGUUGUGGUGGACCUCAGCCAACAACUCUCGACGACUGAUGAUUCCAAGUGUACUAUCAAGCAGGAUGAUACCCCGGCCGAUCCAUGUGGUGGUGACCGAAAUCAGAAUUGCGGAUCCAACCGAGGCGCGGUGAUUCUUGCGGACCCUACUUUCCCGGAUGUACGGCAAGCAUCAAUAGCCGACCUGAAGAAGGGUUAUAAGCUUCUCGGAUGCUUCAAAAACGCCAAAUUCAUUAGUUCGAGGACGGAAUUCACGAAUGUGGCUUUACUCUCAUCUGGAGAUUGCCUCAGUUACUGUGCUAAGUUGGGCUCGCCACUUGUUAGCAUGGCUAAAAUACCUGCUGGUGUCCAAUGCCAGUGCGGUGCGGAUUUCGCCCGAUACGUGGCAGAAGCAGAUGAUGAUGGCACUACCUGCAAUACCAAGUGCACAAGUGUUGUCGGGCUCACGGAAUGCACUGAGGAUGAUCAAGAUUGCUGUGCCGAGUCGGCUGCUGCAAAGAAAACCCCAAUCUAUUAUAACCCUAAUUUCAUGGGAUGCUUUGUCCCAAGGAUCCCUGGUCAGACGCUUGUUGAUGGAGUUGAUACUCCAGCGCCCAACCAGUACAAGUGUUUCCAGACACCCAAAUCCAUCCUGAAUCGGCCCACUGCAGUUAUUGCGCAGUACAAUGACAAGACGGUGACAGCCGCGGCGACGUUUGUGGCCACCGCCAGACCAGACCAAGUCUCGCAGCCCUUCGUGAACUAUGGAUGCAAUGGCGGUAAUGGGAUUGAUGAUAUCUCAAAGGUUUUCACUACUGUCAAGCAAUCCGGCCUACUUGCCAAGGAGAUUACCGUUGAAAGCUGUGUUUCGUACUGUGACUUACAGAAUUUACAAUUUGCGGCACUUUACGGUACGGGCAGCCAGCAAAAGUGCGCUUGUGGAGAUACAGUAAAGACCGGUCUGGCUUUACAAAGCAUGGAAGAUUGCAACCAGCCUUGCGGAGGAACGAAGUCGCAGAUGUGUGGCGGUCCCUCAACGGGUCCCAAACGUUUUCUCAUCUACGCUAGGCAGGAUAUUACGCCUAAUAGCUGGUCCAUCACAUGGUCUUCUUCCCGAUCAGUUACGCCCACUUAUAGAUGCUCAGGAACCGAACCUACUCGCGAUCCGGACCCGACUGGGAGCGACAGUUCCAGCAACUCUCCUACUGGUUCCCCAACUGGCUCCGGCUCCGGGUCAGACACUCCUACUGGAACACCCACCGGCACUGGCACUGGCACAGGUACAGGUACAGGUACGGGGACGGGUACAGGUACGGGCACCGGUACCGAAACUGGCACUGGAACGGGCGCCACACCUACAGGAACUGCACCAGGCGUACCUGGUACUACUAACCUUCCCGCCAACGAGUUCGUCAUCCUCCAAGUCGCCCCAUACAAUCCCUCAAAGAAGCGUGCUGUCUGGAACCAGCGUCGCCAAUCUGUUGGAGGAUUCGUUGGUGGUGCCGGCCCCAGCAACCCAAACACCUGCGAUGAAGCAACCUUAUUCGGCAUCCGGAGCGGCCAGCUAUUAUCAGGCGGUCAAAUCGUUGCCACUGGUCCUAGUCUUGUUCCCAUUCCAUUCAAAGUUAAUCCCGCCGGGUCUAUCAGCCGCACUUUCACCAUUAUUAACGGUGUUUUGCACUGGUACAAUGACCUAUUUGCCGAUGGUGAAGCCCAUUUCUGUCAAGUUAAUAACGGCGACGUGUUUAUCACGUUCACGGGCGAUGCUUCCGGCCCCGCCGACUGCACACGCGUUGAUAUUGUUGUUUACUAUGCUUCCCAAUGCGUUGACGGCGAUAUUAUUGGCAAACCUGGUGGCAAUGGCGGCUCUUCUAGCACCUCCACCGGAACAUCGCCCACUGGCACCGGCGGCAACGACGAUGAGAUCCCCGAGAGGGACUGGUACUUCCGAGAGGGCCAUGCCCCAGACAACUACCCUUGCUCCGAGACCACCGAGUCUUGGAUCCCUGGCGAGACUACCUUCUUGCCCCAUAGGGAGUUGUAG